AUGGAGCUGCAGGAGGACCGUGCUGAAGGCAGCCAGCAGCGCUUCGCGCGUGGCUCCCUGCUCUGCCCUCGUCCGCGGGAAGCCCAGCAAAGCACCAGCGGGGGCCUUGCAGCGUUAUCGGAGGAAAGCUUGCCUUACUUGAGUACGUCUUUAGAUGCUGCUAUUGACGUGUAUGACGUGAGAGUGAGAACCUGCAGCGCCGAGGCAGAUGAAAGCCAGAAAGAAGCUGGCGUGCUGAGGACGGCGUGUGCUGGUGGUACGUGGUGCAGCUGCGGGGUUUGUGAUGCUGGGAGUCACCUCCGUGUGGGUGAAGAUUCACAGCUGGAGUACAUCAGUGCGAACGAGGAAGGCUUUGGUGAUGGGAAUAGCUCAAGUGAGCUGUCUGAGCAAAGGGAAGCUGUAGGAAAGGAAGCCCUGGUGGCAGUAGAUCCAGUUCAUGACGUUGCAGGUGGCGGAGCUGCAAAAGAACAAAAUCUUUCUGAGUCUACUUCUGAGUGUUGUACAGCUAUGCCAGAGCUUCCCCAGCUGCUCCAGGACUCUCUGCCUGUUGGCAGUGGCACGUUUUGUAGUAGUAAGGAGGAGCAGGCAGCAUCUCUUAGUGGUCUUGCUGGAAGUGUGCUCGAAAGUCACGCAUACGGGAGUAGAGGGAGGAGUUAUCCAAAUCUGCUUGCACCUGACCGUGCAGAGGUGGAAGAUGCUUCCUUACGUGGUGGUGCACAGCCCAGACAGAACGACAGAUGUGUUCACAGCAACUUAGUGGAGCAAGGAAGCCCUUUGCUGUCACCGAGGGAAAGAGCCCGAGCAACAGCCACACAGGUCUGCAAAAGUGCAGGGGACUCUGAUUUUUACAGUUGUGAGGAACCCCUCCUGUGCAUACGUGGUGCCAGCUGUGCUUACUGCGCUUCGAAGGGGGAUGAGAACCAGUGUCCAGUCCCUGCAGUUCUCACUAGCAAAGAUCUCAGUUCUGGGGAGGAAGCUGCAGGGAAAUCUUGCAGUGCAAAUACCUCUGCCUCCCUCAACUGGGAGUGUUGUGAAAGCUUGGUAAAUGUGGUCAGUAAUUCUAAAGUUAACCAGGCUGUCGACGCAAGUUCUGAUUUUAGAGUUUGCUUUACAACCAGCAGAAGUACCAGUGCUCAAGUUCCUCUCUUAUCCAGGGCAAUUAAUACAGAGAUCACAGUGAUGAACAAAUUCAGACAUGUGGGUUGGCUUGGGGAAACUUGUACCAGUGUUGCUCGCAGUACAGACUGGCUGUCUGGGACUGGUCCUACAGAGGAAAUGGGGUCACAGCUUGCUGAUGUGCACCAGGAUGGCAGUGCUGCAGCAAAUGAAAGAAGUUCACAAGUCAAGGAACAGUGGGAAUCCAAAACUGAGUCGUGUAACAGCAGUGUAAAGAUAAAGGCUGACAGGCCAGCACACCUCAACAAAGAAGCUGUGAAGGAUUCUGUGUCUGUCUGUCAAAAUCUACUGCAGAGAGCUGUUGAAGCAGAAUUGCAGGUUCUAAACGCUCACUACCAGAUGUGCUAUCAGCACUGCUUGAAGAUCCACAAACUGGCUUUGGAGGAAAAUGCAUGUUUUAGCAGAUACCAUGGAAAUACCUCUGCUAAUACUGAAUCAGGUUCCUCUGUCACGUCAGUUUUGGAAGAGCUAAAAAAGAAUUACAACAGUAUGAGAGCAAAAAUACAAGCGGGCACACCUUUGAGCGCACUUCCACCACUGUCAGUUGAGAUAAAGUUAUUGCCAGUUGUUUCUUCCUAUGUCCCAUGCAAGUUAUUCAGGGAGGAACUUUGCCCCGGUUCUGUUUCAGGCAUGAGAAAAGCAGGUUUUGAAGCUUCACCAUUGCAAGAAAUCAGAACUCCUGUUAACGUGGAGAGUGCACAGCCCACAUGUUUAACUGACGGCCAGCAGCCCAGUGACUCUGCUUCUUCCAAGAUGUCCCAAGAGCAGCUUGAAAAGCAGGGCGUGCAGCACGGAUGUGUGAGAAGCAAAGAGCGGAAUGAAUGUUGGUUUGAUGCUAAGGAGGACUUCACAGGAACAGACUUUUCAGGAGAAUCUGAAGAAGUGGGGAAGUGCCAAGAGAAACAAGACACGGUUGGUUUGAGAGAAGCAAAGAUAACGGAGAGUGCAAAUGAGUGCUCCUUUGUUUGUGUUGGUGGCUUGAGUUCUUCGGUGUCAGAGGGUGAUCUGAGAUUGCAUUUCCAGAAGUACCAGAUCUCUGUCCUGCUCUGUGGAGAUUCUGAUAACCACAGGUGUGCAGUUCUUGGCUUUAAAGACGCCUCUGCAGCAAAGUUGGCAGUGGAAGAAAUGAACAAGGCAAAAAUUAAAGGAAAACCAAUAAGUGUGGAGCUUGUCAGUAAUCCAUCGGAGAACAGAUCUUCGGCUUCCCGAAUCCUUGGGAAGAAGCUUUGGAGUGAAGCCCUCUCUGUUGCUAGCAGUGCAAGCUGUGAUCAGAAUGAAACACUGCCAUCAGCCCCUGGUUCUGAGGGAGCUCCUGGCACCUCUCCUGCUUCUCUGAAGGUGCCUCUCCUGCCCAGGGCUUCUUCACCAGCUCCUUGCUCUACACAGUUGCCUUCAGAAGCAAAGUGCCCCAAAUCCUCUGCUGAAGACUCCGUACAUUUUCUGUUUGCAGUUAAUCAGAAGGAUGCUGGAGAGAAUUCCCUGCCAAGAGCACCUGCUGCGCCUCUCUCCGCUAACUCAUCAGAAGCCUUUAUGUCUCCUAACGCAUUGAACGUGAGCAGUUUUGCCAAAUUAAUGAAGAAACUUAAAGCCAUUCAUCCAGAAGCUAGUAGAGACACAAUCGUGGAUGCUCUGCUGGAGGUGAGGAAGAACAAUAACGGUGUCCUGAGUGGUUUGACCAUCAGCUCCAUUACGCAAAGGGCCUCUGCAAUCCUAAGGAAAGCAACGGCUGCUGGUACAGGGAAAGCAGUGUCAAUCAGUGAGUAUUUAGCCUAUAAAAACACAGGUGGCCCGGCGCUGCGCUGCCAGGCGCCGCUGCUGCGAUUCCCGAGGAGCCGCGGCUGGGCUGCAGGUGGAGCUGUGCGAACUCGUUUGAUUUCUGUUAACGCGAAACGAGCACCGGGGACGGGCGCGAUCGCGCGGCAGCUCCCGGCGAGGCGGCAGCCGGGCCCCUCGCUGCCGGCCAUGGCCCUGCUGCCGCGCCGCUUCCUCUGCUUCGUGCUGGCCCAUCACUUCAUCGCGGCGACGGCGUGCCAUGAGGCGGAGUACGGCAGGCAGAUCCGCGAGCGCUGCCUGCGACCCUUCAAGCUCAGCAUGGAGGGCAUCGGGCAGCAGCUGUGGUGCAACUGGGAUGAGACCAUGGGCACCUACGGGGAGCUGACGAACUGCACGGUCGCGGUGGCUGAGAACCUCACUUGCUACUGGCCCAACGGCUUGGUGGAUGAGUUCUUCGUCGCCGUCCACAGCCACUACUUCAGGAACUGCUCCCCAUCCGGCCGGGCGCUGCGUGAUCCCCCCAACGGCAUCCUCUGCCCCUUCAUCCUGGUGCCCAUCCUCGUCACCCUGCUGGUGACAGCGCUGGUGGUGUGGCGGAGCAAACGCAGCGAGGGCAUCGUUUAGAGAUGGUUUGUAGGGGAGAACCUGGCCGAGGAGCAUCCUUGGGUGCUGAGCCCCAUUGGUGCCGCUGCGUCCCCUGCUGGCCCCUUCCCAGGUGGUGGCUUCCAAUUAAAUCCAUCCUUAACAACCUGGGGAUGCUGGUGGCAUUGAGGAUGCUGCUCGCUGGGUAAUGGGAAAGUGCCACAGCUCUGCUCAGACCUUCCCUGCUUCCCUCCUGCCAGCCUACAGCAUCCACUGGGGGGAAAAAAGGAAAAAAUGGAAAAAUGGGGGGAAAAAAAACAAGGCAGGGGUCGGUGUCCUGCCUCUGGUGCCAGCACAGCACUGGGACGUGCCGUAACCACAAGGACAACGGGUCAGGGCACAGCCUGGAUGAUAAAACCUUCACUUUUUA